GCGUUCCUGUUUGCGAUUGGACGGUUGACAACAUGGACCUUGAGAGCCGGCUCACCAUCGAGAACAUGUUGCACGAAGAGCGUCGAUAUCUGAGAACCAACAACGGGCCCAUCACAAGAAGGCUUAAUAAGAAGAAGUCUUCCCCGCAUCUACGAUGGACUCCUCACGAAAGGCUUCAGUUUGAGCAAGGAUAUAGGAACUACGGUAACCGAUGGACUGAGAUAGCUCGAUUAAUCCCCACAAGGAGUCCCCUGCAGGUCAAGAACUACGCUAGGAACUACUUCCCCAAAAAG